CACUGAUUGGCAGCACUGAUAGGUGGCACUGAUGGGUGACACUGAAAAGCAGCUCAGAUGGGCACUGAUAUGUGGCAUUGAUGUGCACUGGUAGGCACUGAUAUGUGGCAUUGAUGUGGCACUGAUGGACACUGGCAGGUGGCAUGGAUGAGUACUGACAGCUGGCACUGAUGGACACUGACAGGUGGCACUGCUGGAGCUACACUGAUCAUCAGGGCACACUUAUCAUCAGUGCCCUGAUGAUCACUGUCAGCGUGACAGCUCGUGAGGAGAGAAAUGCAGAUAACCGGCAUUUCCCUGUUUACAUGUGAUCAGCUAUG